AUGUCGUGGGAAUCACUCCCCAAUGAGCUUCGCUUCACGAUCUUUACGAUCCUCCUUGAGGACAGCGACAAAAAAGACCGCCCAGGAUUUCCCACUGUAUCGCGGCAAUGGCAGGACUUCUUUGAGCCAAUCUUCUUUCGGCGGCUGGUUAUCGACGAACCCGAUCUCAACAUGCUUAGCUCGGCAACCGAAGGAUCAAAGGGAUUCCGACUCUCUUAUAUUCGACACCUCUGGCUUCGCCUCAAGCUUGCCCCGUACACAUGCAAGUAUUGUCAGACUAGCGAACCCAGGGACAUCAUUCAUCACGAUUAUCACCACAAAUACCGUGACUUCAGAAUGGCUAACAAGUACCCAUGGAUCACCGAAGAAGAUUUGGUGGACAAAGGCGAAUUUCACAGACAGCAUCGCAAUUUAUCCGUGAAGUACGUCCAGGAUACACACCCAGAGGUCAUCUCUCACCAAUACAUGGCAUACCAGCUACCUGAAAUGGACAGGUUCCGCAGCACGGAACCUCUCAGGUUCGACUUCGGGAAACCUCUGUUCCGUUGGAGUCACACAUUGCAUAGGCCUGUUGAUACCCAAAAGGUGCUCCCAAAGGUCAACAUUGUCAAGGCUCUCGUGAUUCGCCGGCAGUUCUACCGAAACAUUUCUUCCGGCGCCCUUGCCAAGCUUCUUCGGGAGAGUUUCCUCUGCCUGGAGAUGUUCCGCGAUGAGCGAUGGCUGGCUUCCAACUCUUUCAGUAGGAGAUUGUGCUGCCCUGAAAAUGUCCUUGAUGCCCUUCCAGCAAAACUCAAACGGCUUCACAUCUACCAAGACGCGGAUUCUGAUUUCAGCUUGCCUCGAGUUCGUACUAUGGCAGGUGCAGAGUCGAUGCGGAAACUUGCACUAAUGUCGGAGCUUAAAGAGCUAUCGAUUGCUCCAGAUACCGAUGGCUGGGGUUUUCUAUUGGAUUUCUUUCCAAUGCUCCGACGGUGUCCCGUUGAUACGCUUCCUGUGUUCAAGCUUCGUCGCCUGGCUUUAGAUUGCGAAAUUCUCAAGGAACCUCGGGCACCAUUCGAGAUGUUCGUCCUGGUCACGACACUCCGUGCGGCAGCGGCUGCUGCAUCACGUAUGCCCCGACUGGAGACCAUGGAGCUGUGGAAAGCAACCCCGUCAUCAGCCACCUUGUUUCGCUAUUCUACCAAGAAAUUUGAAUCCAGGAUCACAUGGCGAAUCAACUGGAAGCGUGCAAGAGGUGACCAGUUAUGGCAGGGAGAGUUGAGGGAAGAUUAG